CCCAAAAAACAUCGAAAGCAAUAUAAUUAUCGUUUAAAUGGAUAAAAUAUGAAUUUAAAUGUAUCGAUCUGUCGACAUACUAAUUAUGCAUAUUUCAAUCCCGGAAGUCACUCAGAACGAGGCUGUGACGUCAGUGGUUUCAUCAAUCAUAUUUGACUGACGGGUGUAAAGGCAUAAUUAGCGCAAUUUCAUUUUCGAAUAUCUUCCAACAAAACCCAUGACAGUGAUUAAAAAUGGUUCUGUGUGCUGCCAGUGGAUGCAACAAUAGGUAUAAGAAGGACAGUUUAAUUAGUUUUUUCCGUUUUCCGAGUAACCCGCAAACCAGGAAGGCGUGGACACACUAUUGUAAGAGAUGGGACUUCCUACCAAGCACUGGUCAUAGACUUUGUUCCGCCCACUUUACAAAUGCAUGUUACGAUCGUGACCCAGAAGUUAUGAAGAAUCUCGAGGGCUGUCCUACCAUGAAGCCAAAACUCCGUCCAAAUGCGGUACCUGACAUUCCAUUGACACAACCAACAACAGCUGAGCCAAGGCCACCUAUACCUAAGCGGGGAGCUUAUGAGAAGCGGAGAAAGGCUGAGAUCCAACAGCUUGCAUAUGACAACUAUGAACGAGACACGGAAAGUGUACAACUACAAGUACCAGACAGUACCACAGAACCAGAACCAGAACUGCCAACCUCCACUGUUACAGAGAAGAAUACAUCCAAAGUUACCAUGGUUACACAGACAACUCCACCACCAUCUCCAAAAGCAGUAAAACACAAGAAAAGCCAAUCCUACCUCCGUCCACAACAACGUACCAGGAAACACCAAACAGAUCUUAAAAUUACACAACCUUCAGCAACAUACAGUACAAUUGCUACUCAGACUGAUGAUGACAUUACAAAAUGUACAUGUGCCAGUAUUGUAACUACAACAACUAACAUCAAUUCAGCCCAAAACUCUGACGACGAUGAGGUUUCCAGCCAUGCAGAUAGUGAUGAGGAGUACCAACCCUCAGAUGAUGACCAGAGUUCUGAUGAUGACGGCGAUGACAAUGGUGAACAUAAAAACUACCGUCUUAAUGCAAAAGCAACCCCUGAAGAACAGAAGCAGUUCCUUGUAAGCGAGUCAGCCCUAGCAGAGUUAUUGUCCGUGUGCAGAUAUUGCAGUAGUGAAGCUGUUCCAGUGAUUCAAGUAUCCAAGGGUACCCUUAUUGUGACAAACUCUAUCUGUGUAAAUGGACAUUUGUCCAUCUGGAAAAGCCAGUCCAGCCACAACAACCUACCAUGGAGCAACUUAAUGACAGCUACAGCCAUUAUGUUGAGUGGGUGCAAUGCAACAUCAGUUCUCAGGAUGUUUGACCACCUCAAUGUCCAGAUGUUUUCUAUGAGGACUUAUAACGGACUACAGUCUUUAUAUGUUUCACCAGCAGCUACCAUGGCCUGGGAUGCCGAACAGUCCAGUUUGCUAGAGCAAUUGAGAGGGUCUGAUGUAAUAUUAGGUGAUGCAAGGUGUGAUUCCCCAGGUUAUUCUGCCAAUUAUGGACCGUACACCUUAAUGGAUCUACAGACAAAGAAAAUCCUUGACUUCCAAUUGAUACAGAGCAACGAGGUGAAAGGUUCAACGCACAUGGAACUAGAGGGCCUAAAGCGUGCUCUUGGAUUUCUUAAAGACUAUGUAAAUAUUAAAGAAGUUGUGACAGACAGACACUCAUCCAUCAAAAAAUACAUGAGGAUCAGCCAGGGCGACAAAAAACAUCUUUUUGAUGUUUGGCAUGUAGCUAAAGGUAAUUAA